CUUAACAAUCCGCCCAGCAAAAGGCUUGUGAUCAAUCAAAGACUUGCUUAACACAGGAAUCGUGUAACUAUUGGAAAACUCUCAUCACUGAGUAAGGGAUGUCUGCAAAUUUUUUUCUAUUAAACUGAUAAGAACAAGUGAUUGCGAUUCAGUUGCUAAAAAGAUCUUAAGCUACCUAGACUUAUUUCUAAAGAAAUUAAAUUAAUAUGUCCGUAAGCACCCAAGAACUCAUAAAGGCCCUGUCCAUUUUGGUCGACAACGAGAACGUCCAGGUGACAUUCCAGGAGUCCGCCAAGGGAGCCGCAGUCUGCGUCCUUUCCGCCUUGCUCGGUGGCCUACUGCUGGGUCCCCGUGGGGUGGCGUUGGGUGGAGGCAUUGGAGCCAUUGCAGCCUAUGGUUUGACCGAAGGAAAGUUCAAGCCGCUGAGUGAGAUCAUAGCGAGUGACUUGUCCAAAAGCGAGCGCGAAGCACUAAGGGAUCACGUGGUUAAUGCGAUCUUCAAUAUCAGGCGCAUCGAUGCCGUUCAGGUCGUAGGACUAAUUCUGAGUAUCGAGGAUAUUAGAAAUUUCGCCCUAAACAAGGUUAGGUCCUUUGUUACCGAACGUAUGGGACUUACCAUUGUCGAUUAGUUAAUUUGUGUCAGAAAGAAUGAUGAAUUAAUGGCUAAAAUAAAAUAUUGAUGUAAUACUA